UGACAACAAAGUAACAGCAACGCGCCCUCCCUGACAGCUUCGUCUGCUGUUAUUGUCGAAUUCUCAUCACGGACGUCGCCAACUCGUUUCCUCUUUUGACUCGGCUCGAAUACCAAUCGUGAAAAGUCCUCGUACGUCUUCCAAUUGGGGCCGAGGCCGUUUCGGCGAGGGGAACCGGACGGCGACGAUCUAAAAACAAUGGAUUUACAGGGGAAUGGCGUCCGGGGCGGCGAAGCUCCUUUUAUCGCCAGUUGGCAGAAAUCCACACAGGUUCGGCGCUGCACUCUCGGCUCUUUCGUCGUCGUACAGUAGUGGCCGGGCAGCCGGCGGUCGCGGACGAUCCAUGGACGACGACGUUUCAGCAGACUCACAGGGCGAGACCCUCGGAUGCAGGUCCUACCCUCCUGAAGAGUUGUUCGAUCAUCCGCCUCUUCAGCGACGGAUGAGCACAGUCGAAGACGAACAAAGGGGGAUUAGCUACCUUAAAGAGGUCAUCGCACUUCAGGAAAAAAAUGUCAGCAGUUGGAUUGUUGAGAACAAAGUCAGAACUUUGGUUCUCUACUACAAAUGCCUUUUUAAGCCUCACAAGGAGGGGUUUUUGAAAGUGCUCGCAACAGAUUAUUCAGUCAAUCAUGAAAGAAUCCACAAGGCCAUGAACCAGUUUAAAGACUUUCCGCCUGGGAGCACAGUCUCUUUAAAAGCCGAGGAACAGCUCAAAGCUGUUCUUACACCACAGUACUCUUGGCUUUUCAAAACAAUUGGAAGACUUGAAGCUGGAGUCAAGUUUCUCGUCGAUCUACGGACAGAUGUUUUGGUUUUAUUAUCAGAAAUGGACUCGAAAAGCCCUAGUUUUAUACCUCUUCAGCAACUGAAUGCUACAUUAAAAGACCUCCUCUCACUUUGGUUCAGUGUCGGUUUCCUCAGCUUGGAAAGAGUCACGUGGAAAUCUCCUUGUGAAAUGCUCCAAAAGAUUUCAGAGUAUGAAGCCGUUCAUCCGGUCAGAAGCUGGGCCGACCUGAAGCGUAGGGUCGGCUCAUACAGGCGUUGCUUUGUGUAUACUCACAGUGCCAUGCCCUGUGAGCCAAUUGUUGUCCUCCACACUGCACUGUGUACAGAAAUAGCUUCAAGUAUGAAAGGGAUUGUAGCGGCAACUCAGCGAAUGUCAGUUGAUGCCAACUCUAUGUCUGGCCUUAUUGGAGUUGGACAAGAGAUCGAAGACCCAUGCCAAGUGACUGCAGCGAUUUUCUACUCAAUCACAUCCACACAACAAGGUCUUCAGGGGAUUGAACUUGGAAAUUAUCUGAUUAAACGAGUUGUGAGGGAACUUCAGACUGAAUUUCCAAACAUGACCCUUUUUUCUAGUCUCUCUCCCAUCCCAAAUUUCAAAAAUUGGUUAAUGGAAAAGUUCAAAUCCAUGGAAAAAGAUGAAGGUGGUCUUCCAGUAGAACAAUGGACACCAGUCGUUGAGAAGUUAGGAAGUUGGAAAGAGUUAAAAAGGCACAUUCACAAUAAUACUUGGCACCAUGAUGCCAACCUUGUUGCCAUACUGGAACAACCAUUGAUGUCAACGUGUGCAUAUUACCUAUUCAAAGAAAAACGUAGAGGAGCCGCUCUCGAUAAUGUUGCCAAUUUCCAUCUGAGGAAUGGUGCAGUUAUGUGGCGACUUAACUGGUUGGCUGACACAUCACCGCGCGGCAUGACAAACUCCUGCGGGCUGAUGGUUAAUUAUAGAUACUUCCUUGAUGAUACAGAAACAAAUAGUAGAAACUACCUUGAAAACAAAGUCAUUAAUGCUUCUGAUCAAAUUAAAAAGUUAGUCGAUAAACAAAUACCUGCAAAAAUGUGAUGGGAAUGUAUUUAUAAAAUUGUUAGAGCUUUUAAAAUAUAGGUGAGUUAAUUUUUAAAAUCCCUGAAACAUUUUUGGUGCAUUAUAAAAUGCCUUACUUGAAACUGUGAUUUUAUUUUUAGCUUCAUUCUGUUCAAUUUCUUAAUUUGUGUCUUAUUAUCCUUACCAUUUGCCAUAUUUUUUCUUAGAGAACUCCAUAUUUACUAAAUCAUGGAAGCAACUUUUUGUGAAACCUUUUAAAUAAAAUUCUUAAAUCCCACUAACCCAUAUUACUUCUGUCCAACAUCCAUCCGUGUUAAACCUCUUGAAAAAUUAUUAUGAAUAUCUACUAAGCCUCUUUCAGACAAGGUGGUUUGGUUGAUUUCACUAAGGGCCCACUAAGUUCACUAGCCACGGUUAAAACCUUGUACACUAGAACGUCGUUCACAAUUUGAAUCAAGUUCAAAAAAGGGAGCGUUGCACCAUCUGUAAGGUAGUUUAACUGAUCCUAGUUGGUAGAACUGACAAUAAUCUCUUUCUACUAUUAGAGCUAGUGGUAGUUUCAUUCAUUGUUUACAUUGGUUGUUGUACCACUUUUCAUAGAUUUUUAUUUAGUAUAUUCGUGUUUUUACCUUUUACUAAUUUUUUCUUUCUUUGAAUAUGUCAGAGAAAAUUUUUGUUGAUAUUCUGAAUUUAUUAAAGAAUCUAUCCUUGUCUCAUUCGUGCAAAUGGUCUUGUUGGUUCUAAAAACACUUUCUUUGUACACCUACCAAUAUAUUUACCUAACAAUUCAAGGAAAUCUUCGUCAUCUAUUCUUUAUUUACAUUUAUUUGUAAAAAUUCAUCCAUUAGAUUACCCUUGUAUCCAUCUAUCAUCCAAAUGAAAUUUCGUUUAGUAACGAAUAGGUUUCUGUUAAAUCUUAUGGUUUCGGUUUUGUUGUUCAGAUUUAGUUCAAUUAGUUUUUAGUUGUCUUUGCUUAUAAAAUAGUCAAAAAGCAAAACAAAAAUAAGCCUCAAUUGAAUCAAAGUUUAAUCUAAAAUCAUUAGAAUUUUAUCGUAUUAUUUAACUUUUGAAUUAUCUGAUUCAUUACUACAAAAUCAAGGCCGUCUUUGACACAAAACUUGUUCACAUUUAUGAUAGCUGUAAUGAAAAAUUUUGCUAAAACUUAUAGGAUUUUAUCCUUACUUCCUUUGGAAUCAACGACAUAUACAAUAUGCUUAUAAGAAAUACAGAUAAACAAUAGGAAAAUGCUUCAGUUUUAUUAUGAUAGAAAUGGAAAUUACUGGAUCCGUUAUUGCAAAAUUAAGGUCUUCGGCACAAAAUAUAUGAUUUUAGCAAUCUCUCGACCUAAUGAUGACACGACUUGAUGAGUAUAAAUAGAUAUGCGUUGAUGAUUAUAAAAUGGUUAAAUUUCUUGCGUAAAAGAAACACAAAUUACUGGACUUAGCAUUCAUGAUUAGAACAACAAAAUUAAGACAACUAGAACUUAGAAUUGUAUAAGAAAGAUAAUUGGCUUUCAAAUCAAAAGUUAAUAUAUUUUUAUUGAAACGUGUAAAUAAAAACAUCAAAAGGUGAAUUGUGAGAACACGCUUUUAAAAACAGACAGGUUAUAUUAUUAUGAAAUGGACAUCAUAACUCCGGAUCUCCGUUUAACCCACGCUCGACGGCUGUUCCUAUUUGAACCAGGAUCAGUAUUUGAACGCGGUUCAAGACAAAUUGAAAAACGCAAUUUUUUAGUUGAACUCGGUUCAGAACUGAAUUGAGUUUAAACCAAAUUGGUGUCUUUUUGACUCUCAACUAAUUGACUGACAUGUGGAGUCUAGGCUGGUUUUACACAAGACAACUUGUAGAGUCAGGAAGCACUUUACGAGAAGAGAAGCAAGAAAAGAAAGAAACCCAGUCGAAAUAAAAAUGUGGGUUCAAAAGAAAACAAACAACCCUAACAAAAUAAGGAAACAGGUGCUUUCUCGCAUUUUGUUGCCAUAACCCUUAUACUUCAUACAGUGUGAAAGAGAUCUUAAGGCAUGCAUACGGGAGGUAAAUCAGCCAAUGAAGCAGUUUCCGGUGGUAACAGUAAAAGGGUUGACAUUGUUGACUGCAAUUCCACAUGGCCACAACCCCUUGGUUUGAUGAGAUGGGUCAAGGAUGGCCAAUGUGUUGGCAACCAAUGUUUGGCCUGAUAUUAGAUCUUAUCAUAAAGGCAAUACAAAUUUU